AUGUCAUUUGGACGACCACCAUCGCUUGAUCUCGGCUUCAAGCCUACACCUCCCCAGCGUGGAUCUUUUCCUUUGGAUCACUAUGGGGAAUGCAAGGAGAAGAUGAUUCUCUAUAUGCAAUGCUUAAAGAGCAAUGGUAGCAAUUCCACACCGUGUCGUGACUUGAGUAGGAAUUACUUGAGCUGUCGGAUGGACAAGUAA